AUGGUGGAGCAAGCGCUCUUCCGGCUCCGCGUGCCACUCGUGCUCGCGAUCGCGUGCCUCUUUGUCUUUGCGCAGAUCUACAUCGUCACGCACUUUGAGGCGCGGCUCUUCUCGGGCGACCACUCGUUCGAGCGCUUCUCCAAGCUGCGCGGUGCCCGCCAUAUCGUCCGCACGUCCCUGCCGACGCACGCGCCGCUGGCCGGCGCGCCGCUCAACGUCUCGGCAAUGGCCGUGGCCUCGGAAGACCAGCUGGACGCACGCCGCAGUGCGAUCAAGGCGGCGAUGCAGCACGCGUGGGGCGGCUACGAGUCGCGUGCGUUCGGCGCCGACGAGGUCAGCCCAGUCUCGGGCAACCGCCGACAAAACGUGUGGGGUGGCAUUGGCGUCACGCUCGUUGACGCACUCGACACACUGUACAUCAUGGGCAUGAAGGACGAGUUUCAACGGGCGCGCGACUGGGUCGCCAACGAGCUCGACUUUAUCCAUCUCGGCGUCGACGGCGGCACGAUCUCGAUCUUUGAGGUCACCAUUCGCGAGCUCGGCGGGCUGCUCAGUGCAUACGAUCUGUCGCAAGACCCGAUCUUCAAGGAGCGCGCGAUCGAACUCGCCGACUUGCUCGCGCCGGCCUAUGACGCGGCCGAAGGUGUUUUCUACACCAUCUUCAACCCGCACACCAAGCAAAAGCAAAUGAACAGCUGGACGGGCUUCCGUGGCCUCCUCGCCGACCUCGGGACCCUCCAGCUCGAGAUGCGGUACUUGAGUGCGAUCACGGGCAACCCCAUCUAUGCCGAGCGGGUACGUGCUUGCCUUAUUCAGAGCGUAGAGUGA